AUUCAUUCUCUGUAUCCGCAUCAUAAACAUGCUUUUCUGAACAAAGUUUGUGACUGUAAAACCCAACAAAAGACACACUUUAGUCAUUCAUUCACUGCUGAAUUAGCAGCGUACCUGUUUGUGCAGCAUGAAGAUCGCGGUAGAAGGCUGUUGCCAUGGCGAGCUGGACAAGAUCUACGAGACCAUCGCCUAUCUGGAAAAGAAAGAAGAGGUGAAAGUGGAGCUGCUGCUUUGCUGUGGGGACUUCCAAGCGGCGCGAAAUGAAGGGGACAUGAUGUGUAUGGCUAUACCGCCCAAGUACAGAAUGAUGCAGACCUUUUACAAAUACUACUCUGGAGAGAAGAAGGCUCCAGUCCUGACCAUCUUCAUUGGAGGGAACCACGAGGCUUCCAACCACAUGCAGGAGCUGCCUUACGGAGGCUGGGUGGCACCAAACAUUUACUAUCUCGGUUAUGCCGGUGUUGUUCGCUACAAAGGGAUUAGAAUCGGUGGCGCGUCUGGAAUCUUCAAAUCACAUGACUACAGAAGGGGUCACCAUGAAUUCCCUCCAUACAAUCCUAAUACACUUCGAAGUGUUUACCACAUCCGAAAUAUCGAGGUGUUCAAACUGAAACAGAUCAAGAUGCCCAUGGACAUUUUCAUGAGCCACGACUGGCCUCGUGGGAUCUACCGCUAUGGAAGUACAGCGGAGUUGUUGAGAAAGAAGAAGUUUCUGCGACAGGAAGUGGAGACCAACAGUCUGGGGAGUCCUGCUGCUGAGGAGCUCCUGGCUCACCUCCAGCCCAGCUACUGGUUCUCUGCACAUCUGCAUGUGAAGUUUGCUGCCGUUAUGAAGCAUCCGCCUAAACCUAAUGCUGCACCACGUGUCACCAAGUUCCUGUCCCUGGAUAAAUGUCUGCCCUACAGGGAAUUCCUACAGAUCGUGGAUGUCGCAGAGAGGCCGGGUUCAUGCGAGGGUCUUGAGUAUGAUCCAGAGUGGCUUGCUAUUCUGAAGGCCACCAACAGUCUACAAAGCACCGCCAUUCACCCCUGGAACCCCCCGGAGAACAACGGCCUGCACGAACGCUGGGACUUCAGACCUUCAGAAGCAGCCAUGAUGCAGGUGGUGAAGGAUCUCAGCGGCGAUCUUGCCAUUCCAGACAACUUCAGCCGGACUGUGCAACCCUACGACCCCAACAAGCCCCAGCCGCACGCCGCUCCCAGCUGUCAGACCAACCCUCAGACCACGGAGCUCUGUGCCACGUUGGGUCUCACUGACCUCUACGCCCACGUUGGGCAUGGAGGCGGUGACUUGAGCAGAAUUCGGUGCAGCACUGGAGGUGAUGACGAUGGUGACGAAGGUGAAAGUGCGGACGAGCCCAGCGAGUACCCAACCGACACCUCGGGGUUGUCGAGCUCGUAUAAUCCCGACGAGAUCACCAUAGAGGACGAGUGGGAGGAGGAGGAAGGAAAGGAGGAGGUUGAGGGCAGGUGUAGCACAAAAUCGGCAGUAACGGGAUCUGAUGUUCCUCCUGGUGACGUCCAAACACCCGGCCGCAUGGUUCUGCCCGCGCCCAAAUCCGACACCUCACCCACUGGUUUCUCCCACCUGAUGAACCUGCCGCCUCCCUCCCACUCCACCCCAGCAGCCGGCUCUGGAGCAGAAAGGGAAGAACACUGUGAGGACGACGAUGGCGACGAUGCUUCAGAGCUACGGGCCCUGAAACGUACCAGCGGCAAAGCAGAGACUCCGGGCAGCAAAGACACAACUCCCAGAAUCAAACGCAGAAACCAGGUCAUCUAUACGACAGUGGAGGAUGACGAGUGAGGAUUAGAGGUCAGGGGUCAGAGAUCAGGCAAAAAAGUGAGGACUCAUUUCAUACUAUUGGUGUACAAAGUGUACAAUUCUUGAUUUUAUGGAUUUGUAUUAAAUUAUGUAUCUACUUACUGCCUUUUUAUACAGCUACUGUUGUGACAAAGCAGAAAUAUGGCUUUAUUAAAACAACUCUAAAAGCAGAUUGUAUACAAAAUGUUCUUGUGUUUAGUUUUUUUGUACAUAUAGUUAAAAAAGAAAGAGGCUGGGAAAUUAAAAUCUCCUUUUUUGGGCUUUUAAAUGUAUUAAUAACAUUAUAAAUUAUUAUGCAGCUACUCAAACUCUCAAGGAACUAAUCAGAUGUGGCUGUAAAUGUCAAAAGCACGAGAAAGAAAAGCGACCAGCAUUCUGCACUCAAAGUGCCGUUCACAGCUUUAUUGAACACUAUACAGACUCAAGGUGCUGAUGAAAAAUCAAGUCUGGAUUUCACAGGACACUUAACCUACUUGUGAUCACUGAAUAAUUAAUUAGUCAAUGGUGUUUAAUGUUUAUAAUGAGGUGUUUGUUUCCUGGGGGCGGGACAAAUCAUUUUAGCAUGUAUUUGAUUAAUAAUUGAAAAUGGCAUUGUACUUCAAAUGAUGAGACCUUUUUAACUGGCUCACAGUAUUUUGAUCAAUAUGAAAAUAAAGCAGAACAAAAGAUUUUCCUGGACACCAAAAUUUGUUUAAAUCCAACAGAUUUAUAACAUUAAGAGUCCUUUUUUUUUAAACGAUCUAUUCUGUGCUCUGCUAAAAUCAACGUACACUUUCAUUAAAAUUAAGACAAUAUACAACAUACAGUGUAUUCAACAAGUUCUCUUUACAUCCAUGCAAAGAGCCGAUACAGUUUAGCCUAACGACAGGGUGGAGCCACGUUAUUGGUUUAUUGUACAAGCCGAUGUCGCGGAAAUGUUUUUUUUCCUGCACUUUGCCUAAGAAGCACACAAACAUAUUUCACAGAAAAAGAAACCCGAGAAUAGGCACUUUGUUUUUUGUUUUUGUGUGUGUGCGUUUUUAUCAAUUCACUUCAUUUUGUUGGACAGCAACCGAGCACACAGCUUUGUUUGAGUGGCAUCAUAUUAAGUUAAAUGAAUAAGGAAAAGCGUUGCAACACACUUUGAUUUGAUGUUCACCAACACUCAGCGUUAGGACAAAAGGACUAAUGAGGGACACGUUAAACACAAGAUGGGCAGAUUUUCUUCUACAGGGCAUCAUUCAGGUUUAUUAAAAAUCAUAUUUUCUGAUCCAUCUGCCGUCAUUUCUUCCCAAUUAUAUAAUUUAUCUGAAGCCAAUAAUUUCUCUAAUCUGUGCAGAGCCAAAUAUAUUGACAACCACCUUUCCUGCUAUUACAAUUAGCACCAUCACUCACUUUAAUAAUCCAAAAAAAAUUGAUAAAUCUUUUUAUUAAAUACAGGGAUUUAGUAAAUCUUGCAUUUGAUGCAGUACUGCUUUCUCUGGGAUUGAGAGAUAUGUUCUCUGCUACAGACAUGUAGUUAGUUAACAGCUUACUGCUCAUACAUAACAAUAUUAAAGUCAUGUGACCACACACACUCCAGAUCAAGUUCAUUGUAGUUAAACGCAUCCUACAGUGCUUUUUUCCCCCCUUAUGAGCACUGAGGCAUUAAAACCCAAAAUGUUUUACGAACACGGCACUUCAGCAAUCUUUCAAGAAAACAAGCAAGUCCGUUUGGACCAAACAAUGCAAAGUCAGCAUUUUUGUAAAGUUUAGAGAAGUGAGCGGAAGGAGUAGCUUCUAGAGAAGUCAAAACAACGGGCAAUAAAUACGUACAGAUGGGCAUUAUGCUCAGAAAACUGUGCCAUGGAUCUUAUGGGGUAAUGGGAUCAUUCCAGGGGUUCAUUAUGUGGCAUUAUUCACAGCAGGAUUUGAUAGAUUCGGGUCUAGGAGGAGGCAAAGCAAGCGGGUGCAACCUCCGACAAACGUAGAAGAAGAAGAAAGCAGUCACAACCUCAACAUUUGGCUUCUUUGUUUUUUUAUGUCUUGGCCCUUUUUUUUUUUUUUUUUCCUUUCCUGGCCGCUCGCCAGCGUGUGCUGCUCAUUUUGUGCAUUUUUUUUUUAUUUUGUUUUUAAUGCAAUCAGGACUGUGACUGAUGAUGCAAGGCAGAAUGAACACGAAAGAAAACUUCACAAAUUAGUGCUAAAUACUACAACAGGCUUCCCACUGUCCUCCACAUCCUUUAUUUUCCUCCUCUCAAGAUCCGUCUAGCUCCACUUGUACUUUCUCCAGAACGCAGUUGCGGGUCGAGAGACACGCGUGGAACUUUUUUGCGUCUUUCUCCUCAAAAUCUGCUUACUCUUCCUUUUCCUCUUAUUCUCUCCUUUGCAUUUUUCUGUCUGCUUUGACAGGAGGAUGAGUGGAGGGUAAGGGUUGUGAGUGGAUGCUGUGUUUCCCAGCACCAGGCCCACCCAUACAGGUUGGCGGAAGGAGACGGGAUGGUUGAAGGGCUGUGGUGGUGGUGGUGGUGGUGGU